GGCAUUUCCCAACUAUCCCAAUGGCAUAGAAGGCCACACUACACAUAUCGGAUGCUCCAGUGUGUCGCGGUUGACCUGGACGACCGCGGUGAGACGGUGCGAGGCACAGAGACACUUCACUGCAGAAGGUCUCACCACAAGCUGCCCCGCCACAUCCGUCAUGAAUAGCCUGCAAAUUGAACCUCCGCCAGGAUUGUUGAAGAGACUACGGCACCUCUCUGGAUAUACAUGGGACGAAACUAGGGAGCCAUUCCAUUCCAGCUACGACAUAUGGCAUAUUUUCGGGACAAAACAUAAUCAGACCACGAAUCCCUCCCCCACCUCCCCAUCGACGGUUCCGCGGCCGGAGUACGGUUCCAGUCGCCCAAAUGAAGAUCGAAGUGAUGGAGCAAAUGUCGGCAAGGAGCCAAACAAUGCUCGGAGGAUCAAUGCACCAGUCUCAAAGGACGGGGGAAAUGCCAACCGGCGGUCGAACGAUGCUGAAAGGUCCGAUAUACUGGUCGUCGCGCGGGUUUCUAUUCAUGUCCUCCGGGAGGAACGGGCAUACCACAUCUGCAAGGCUUUGGCAGAAACAGUGGAUCCGAACAGAUACCCAUUUGCCAGACCUCUUGAUAGAUUGAGAUUACCAAGCUAUGGAGAAGAAGGGCCCAUAUCUGUCUGCAUCUUUGAAUAUCUCGGACCAAAUUUGUUAUCAAAAAUCGUCGAUUACGGCCCAGCAUGGUUUAAUUUCCACAUGGUUGGAGAUGACAUCAGCUGUCAUAGAAACGGGAACUUCGUGGCCGAGUCAAUGUCCUUGAAAGGUUUCUUGGACUUUGCUAUUGGGGCAGCGGAAUGUAUCGAGGUCCUGCACGGCCAGCAGAUUGUGCACGGAGAAGUCAGAGGAGACGCCUUCCACAUGAAUGCAGAGGGAGGAAGAGUUACACUGAUCAAUCUUGGCCCUGGGCGCCAACGAAAUUUUGAACAUGGACUGUUGAGCACCGGCUGGUCGACAAUGUCGAAAGAGCUAGGUGCUAAAACGAAGCUUUCAUAUAUGAGCCCUGAACAAACCGGUCGGAUGCCUCUUGAACCCGACAGCCGAACAGAUAUAUUCUCUCUAGGAGUACUUUUCUGGACGAUCUUAUCGCAAAAACCAGCUUUUGAUGGCGAUACACCUCUGGAUGUCAUCCAGGCAGUUCUGGGGCAACGACUUCCCUUAAUUUCCAAUUUCCGACUUGAUAUUCCCGAGGUUAUUGGGCGAAUUAUCCAGAAAGCAACAGCAAAAACAGUCUGGGACCGUUACCAUUCGGUGGGCGGAUUACGAUAUGACCUUGUCGAAGUUCGAAGAUUGUUGGGUUUUGGAGACGUCUCACGACUUGAGAAGUGGGAGAUUGCCACGAAAGACGUUUCUCCUUCGUUCAUUCUGCCACAAGCUAUGGUUGGCCGGACCAUCGAACGCGAUGUUAUCGUUAAAUCCAUUGAUAAUGCCUUCAAAAUACGCCAAGCAAGCCACAUACCGGACAAACAUGGCAUAGCACAACUAGAUCGCUUGUCUGACGACCAAUUUGCCGGCUUUGAGUCUGUUGUCACGUCCGGGGAUGCACCCCUAGACGAUGGUAUUAGAAAUUCAUCGGACGUCAGGACCUCACUUACGGUAGCUGAUGGCUUAAGUGGGGACUAUAAAGGGUACAAAGCAAAUACCGGCAAAGCAAGGUCUCGUGCAAAUUCAUCAUUAGACUCGGGGCCUGGGUUACUGGAUUCUGAUUCAAAGAUGUCCGAAAAGAGGGCUUCGAGGGCCCUUGAAUCCCCCAGUGCUUUCGAAAGCAUAAAUGGCGAUGGCGUAGGAUCAAUAUCAAGUUCUGAGGCUAUUAGCAAUGCCAUCAAGAGUCGGGUCAACUUCAACUCUCUCACCAGCGGACACUGUGAAGUCAUCACGAUAGCAGGGGCCGCUGGUCUCGGGAAAAGCCGACUUGUUCAAUCAGUUCAGGUCGAAGCACGUCAACGUGGCUACUGGGCAAGCACAAAAUUCGAACAAAAUCAGACAGAAAGCAAACCAUUCGACUCCGUUCUCAAAUUGAUAUCCAGCCUAUUCCAGCAGGUGUUCUCAGAAAGUAACAUGGACACAGUUUUCCAUCAAGCCCUUGAACGACGCGUUGCACCAGUAUGGCCGGUGCUCCACAAGAUGUUAGGACUUCCUGAGAUUUUAUUUAGUGCCCAACUUCCAAUUCGGACGUCAAGUCAAUCAAGCGGCCAUAAUGCAAGCCUAGGCGCAGAAUCCAGAGGAUCCAGUUUAUCAGCCAAAGGCACGAGUUCUCGGAAUAGCCUUCCCAGCAGACACAGAAGCGUUCGCCUUCGGAGCUCUCGCAACUUUCUACUUGCGGGCUCUUCAACGCAAGCCAUGUCCUUAACGAACAUAAUACUGGAGAUCUUGCGCAUUUUUGCCUUAGAUAAAUUUGUCUGUCUUUGUCUCGACGACCUCCACCUUGCAGACGAAGAAUCUUUAGAGCUAGUCGCUCAAAUAAUUUCCACCAGGAUCAAGAUGGUCAUCAUUGUGGCAUAUAGGCCAGAGCAAGUUUUGUCUAACACCCUGAGACGCAUUUUGGACCCUUUUCAUGACGAGGUGAAUCGUGCAGCCAGCGAUUUUAGGGUCACAUCAAUUCUGCUCAAGCCAUUCAGCGAAAAUGAUACCAUAGAGUACGUGGCAGCCACCCUACGUAGGCUGCAGUCUGAAAUCCUUCCAUUGGCGGCUGCCAUUCAUUCCAAGACUGGUGGCAACCCAUUUUACGUCAAGGAAAUGCUAAAUACAUGCUAUCGUAAGAAAUGUGUGUGGUAUGACUUCCGCGAGAACGGUUGGCUGUUCGAUCACGACUCAGUCCUCAGGCAAUUCGGGGCUGAAAACUUCAAUGAUGCUCUUUAUGAAGGUCUCGUUCUGAGCCGUCUGAAGGAAUUACCUCCUGCUACGAAGUCAAUCCUUACUUGGGCGUCAAUGAUGGGUUCAUCCUUCUCAUUUCAACUGAUACACCGACUUUUGAACGGGGAUUUCACCCCGAGCAAAGCCCGCCUCACAGAGCGCGAACUGCUCAAAGCUCUCCAGACAGGCAUCCAGUCGUAUAUCGUUCUGCCUACGCAGGACGAUGACAUUUUCCAGUUCUCACACGACCGUUAUAUACAGGCUGCAGCAUCACUCCGAAAUUGUGACGAAAAACUGAUGCAUUUCGUCAUUGCGCAGACCCUCGUCAAGUAUUACCUUCUUGACAACAGCUAUCGCAAUGUCACAGUAUCUUCAAUUUGCGAGUCUACGCGCAGUAUCAAAAGUUAUGUGGCACAUAGACAACCCUUUAGAAAGAUUUUGCUCGACCACGCACGCACCAUGUGUGAAAGCGGUGUCAGAUUUGCCGCCGUAAAUGUCUAUGCUAGUUGCAUCGAGCUCUUACAGGACAAUAUGUGGGAUGAUGAAGCAGAAGACGUAUCCUACCAGGAGACGCUACAGAUAUACACAGGGGCUGCCGAGUGUUAUUUAUACUGCGGUCAAGGCCAAGAGGCCAGACACUUACUGGCCUCGGUCUCCUCGAACGCUAGAACUGCUGUAGAUAACGCCACGUCGUGGAUCCUCCAGUCCCGAGCUUUUACGCAAGAAGGAGACUCAACAAGUGCAUUCCACGCACUGAGAAAGUGUCUUCAAGCCUUAGACGUAAAAGUUGAUGAUGAGCCGACGUUUCCUGCAUGCGAUGUUGAGUUCAAGCGCUUAUGUCAAGAGAUCAAAGCAUCUAGCCAGGCCGCUCUCGUCAAGGGGCCAAUCAACGAAGAAGAUUCGCAUCUGACUGCUAUCGGUGCUGUUCUAGUAGAAGCAACAAGUGCUGCGUUUUGGUCCGAUACGUUACAAUUUUACCAGAUGACAUUAAUCAUGGUAAAUACAUACCUCACAUCAGGGAGCUUUCCUCAAGCUGGCAUGGGUUUUCUACAAUUGGCUCUGAUUGCUAUCACGAGACACAAUUUGAUUGACCUUGCAGGCGAGUGUGGAAUUAUAGCACUUGCUUUGAUAGAAAAGUGGAGAGAUCCAUACACAAUAGGCAGAGCCGGGACGUUAUAUCCCACCUUCCUAGGGCACAUUCAGCACCCUCUCCAGGAGACGAUCGGCCAACUUGAAGGAGCUUUGGACUUUGCUAUCCAGGUUGGGGAUCGCAUAUCUACAAUUUUGAACGUUGGACAACUCGGUACUCUCAAGUUUUUUGCCUCCGAGAACUUGGAGGAGAUUGAGGCAUAUUGUUCUUACGCUUGCCGGGACAUACCCCAUUGGGAAUCUGACACGCCUGGGGGCACGAUGAUUAUUUCAAUUCGUCAGGUUUGUCGGGCUCUACAAGGAAAGACGCACACAAAAGAUACUUCAUUCGGAGUGAUGAGCGACGAACACCACAGUUCACCAAAGUAUAAGUCCUGGUUGAUCAAUACAGUCAAAAAUAGCGACCGGCCUCUCAUGCUUUAUGAGAGCAUUGAGAUGGCUCCCCUAUUUUUAUAUGGCCACUACGAAAGCGCAGUGGUGUUGGGCAAUUCGUGUCUAAAGAAGAUUAACGCUAUUUGGUCUGCACGAAACACAAGAUUCGUCAUGUUCUUCCAUGCUCUCUCCCUUGCUGGUUCUGUAUGGACUAGAGUGCAAGAGCAACUCGACCCAGCGUACCGCCAUCAGUCGCCUCAGCUUUCAUCCGACAUCAGCGGUCGUUCCCUGGAGACAGGGCUUCAGGAAGAGAUGGCGGGGUUAGCGAUGUUGAUGAAAUACUUCAACCGGAGAAUCGAGCAGUGGCAAGCCAUCACAGAUAUAAAUUAUUUGGCCUGGUCGAAAAUGCUCGCUGCUCAAAUCGCGGAGAUGGAGGAUGAUCAUACAAGUGCUUUGCGGUUCUACGAAGAUGCAAUCGACCACGCGUCCACACACAACUUUAUAUUUGAGGAGGCACUUGCCAAUCAACUGUCUGGUGGCCACCUUUUGCGGGUUGGAUCGCGGAGGCUGUCGAGAAUGGCUUUCCGUGAAUCUAUCACUCUGUAUCGACGACUUGGCGCCUUUGGAGUUGCAAACCAUAUUGAGCACGAGUACCAUCAUGUUUUACACGCAUCAAGAAAUCUUCCCCAGACUGCAGAUAUGGGCAUCCAAACCGACACUGACCCAAAUAUGGAAAAUUUCCAACCUCCCGCUGGUUUCGGCUACGACGAGCCGCCUGUUCCAAACUCGUUGCUUGAGACAGGGGACCCUGUGGGGGAUAGAAUUAAUAUGUGGCAAGAUGUAUCUGCAUCUGCCAGUGCAGGUGCUGCCCCUGCUCUCCACAUGCUCGAUCUGACGUCGAUACUUGAAAGCUCUCAAGUUAUCUCAAGCGUCCUGCAAGUGGAUCAGCUGCUCAAGAUAAUGUGUGAGAUCAUCUUAGCAAACUGUCAAGGCGUUGCUUCUCUAGCAGCUAUCAUUGUUGAAGAGAAAUCGAUUGGCUGGGGUAUAGCUGCAAGUGGUCACCCGGAAGAGGGAGCAGCAGCUCACAAUCCUCCACUCCCGCUUGGAAAUUCUGCGCUCGUUGCUGAAAGCGUCGUCAACUAUUGUUUACGUGUUAGAGAAACGGUCUUCGUGCCAGACCUGAUGCAAGAUCAGAGAUUUAGUGGAAGUUGGCUAGCUCGAGAUUCAACCAACAAGUCUGUGAUAGCCAUGCCGAUUCGUCAUGGGAACAACAAACCACUCCUCGGUAUCUUGUACCUCGAGGGACAGCCUCACGCUUUUACGAAUCGCAAUCUUGAAGUCCUUCAAUUGCUUGUCAAUCAGAUUGGGAUUAGUUUCUCUAAUUCCCUCACUCUCAAGGAGGUUGAGAGGGUCUCGGCAAUCAAUAAAUCGAUGGUUGAGGUUCAGAAGAAGGCUCUAGCGGAGGCAAUUGAGGCAAAGAACAACGCCAAUCUAGCGAAAGCGGAAGCAUUUCGCAGCGCCAAACUAGCUGAAGAAGCUGAUAGGGCGAAAACUACGUUUCUGGCAAACAUAUCACACGAGCUUCGUACACCAUUGAAUGGGGUCAUAGGAAACUCGGAACUUCUCCUGCUCGACAACCAACUACAGGAAAGUCAAGCUGAAAUGGCUGACUCAAUUCGAAUCUCGGCAAGUCUAUUGCUCAGCCUCAUUAACGACAUCCUGGACUUUGCAAAGAUAGAAGCCAAUCAAAUGCAGCUCCAUCCUACCGUAUUUGAUGUUCACGAACUGGUUCAGGAGUUGGUCCGCUCUAUGCCUCUUCCCAGAAAACAAAAUUUCCAACAAGUCCAAAUCAUCCAAGAUUUCAACGUACCUCACUCAUGGGUGUAUGCAGAUCCAGUGCGACUCCAUCAAAUUCUCGGGAAUCUCUUAAGCAAUAGCUUGAAGUUCACUGCAAAGGGUUCUAUCACGAUCGGAGCCAAAGUGAAUUCUGAGACGGAGUCGGAAACACACGUGACGUUUUGGACACAAGAUACUGGUAUUGGAAUUUCGGCUGAACAGCUUCCUAAACUGUUCAAGCCGUUUAGUCAAGCAGAUGCUAGUACGUCUCGCAAAUAUGGCGGCAGUGGUCUAGGUCUCAGUAUCUGCAAAUCUCUUGUGGAAUCCAUGGGAGGGGCCAUCACUCUCCAAAGCGAGGAGAAUGUGGGAACUACAGUUUCAUUCUCACUCACCUUGCCCAGAGCAAAACCAGAGCCACCUAUGGGCAUCACUCGGAGCAAAUCAUUCCCUUCCGGCGGCGUGGAACAAUCAACAGCUACUUUUGACAGCCUUUCCAACAUACCCCAAUCGCAGAUCCGCGUCUGUAUCGCGGAAGAUAAUCUCAUCAACCAAAAAAUCGCCGUCCAGUUCCUACAGAAACUGAACUUCGGACAGGUCGACGCCUACAACAAUGGCCUCGAAGCUGUAGAAGGCAUCCGGAAGAUGGCGAAAUCAGGACAGCCGUACCACAUGAUUCUCAUGGACGUACAGAUGCCGGUAUUAGAUGGGUAUGAGGCGACUAAGCUGUUGAGGAAGGAUGAGAUUGAAGAGGUUAGGCGCAUUUUGGUUAUUGCCUUGACGGCGAGCGCGGUAAGGGGUGACAGGGAGAAGUGUUUGGAGUCAGGGAUGAAUGAUUAUCUUGCCAAGCCGGUAAGGUUGAAGCUAUUGAAGGAGAAGUUUAAGGAGUAUAUGGUUGUUGAAUCGUGAGUUGGAAUAUACACAUAUAGAGGGAGUAAAGAUGGAGCACGAAUGGGGCGUUGGAAUGGAAGUACAUGAUAUACCCAUUUGAAUGUAUAUGUUUGUAAAUUGCUGCACGCUUGGCCUGUAUUCGCGGUGAUUUCGAGACUUAGUUUAUUUUCAUUUUCCAGGAAUGUUAUGCCUCAG